GUGGGCUUUAAGUCAACCUUGCACAACCAACAGUUAGUACAUGAUACAAACAGCUACUUUUUUUGGUUAAUAUUUACAUGACUUGUCAGCUGACCGUCUCUGAAGUUUGCAAUAUAAUCGUGGAGUUUCUGGUAAACUGCAUUAAAGAGGACCUUAGAGAUCAGUUUCUGAAGAUGCGAGGUAUCUUUGCUGGUUGUGCAGUGGUUGCCCUGCUGCUGGCUGUGGGCUCGGCCCACGAGGUCAGCACGAUCUGCCACGAGCUGUCCUCUCCUAAUUCGGACUUUGCCUUCGCCCUCUACAAAAACUUAAAUGCCCAGACCGAUGCAGAGAAGAACAUCUUCUUCUCACCGCUAGGGAUCUCCACCAUCUUGUCCAUGUUGUCGACGGGGGCCCGCAGUGACACCCACAGCCAGCUGUUCACCAGUUUGGGCUACGGUUCCUUAAACCAGUCCCAAGUCAACGAGGCCUACGAGCAUCUUUUCCACAUGCAUGGGAAUAGCCAGCAAAACCAGGAGCUGGAUAUUGGGAACGCUGUGGCCCUGCGAACCGGGUUUCGCCCUCUGGACACGUUCUUGAAUGAUGUCAAGCGCUACUACUCUUGUGAGAUCUUCAAUGUGGACUUUUCCACACACGAGGCUGUGGCUCACAUCAACAGGUACAUUGCUAAUAAAACCCGGGACAAUAUCAAAGAUCUGGUGAAAGAUCUGGACCCUGCAAUGGUAAUGGUGUUGAUCAACUACGUCUACUUUAAAGGACGGUGGAUGAACCCCUUUGACACGAGACAAUCGUACAAAAGGGACUUCAAUCUGAAUGACAUCAGCAAAGUUAAAGUACCCAUGAUGCACGAAAAGGGACAUUACAGGACCUACCUGGACACCAGCAUGCAGGCUACAGUCAUCAUCCUGCCCUACGAAGGUACCACCUCCAUGAUGGUUGUUCUGCCUGACGAAGGCAAGAUGAAGGAAGUGGAGCACAAGAUCAACAACACCUACGUAAAGCACUGGAAAGACUCAGCCACUGACAUGUACCUGGAUCUGCAUUUACCAAAGUUUUCCAUCUCAUUUGAUGCCUCCUUGGAGGAGACACUGAGACCCAUGGGUAUCAUCAAUGCUUUUCAAGACAACGCAGAUUUCUCAGGCAUAUCUGACACGGUCACUUUAAGAGUCUCAAAGGUAUUUCACAAGACCACACUGGACGUCACUGAGAAGGGAACAGAGGCCACAGCCGCCACCUACAUUCUCUUGCCCGGAUCUGCUCCUGAUUAUAUACCACCACAUCCGGUUAUUAUUGACAGGCCCUUCUUGGUUUUUAUUAUGGAAAAUCCCACUGGAAGCAUCCUGUUCAUGGGGAAGGUCCGUAAUCCCACAGCCAUGUAACGACGCAAACGGAUUGAAGAAGAAGAUAGAUAAUAUAAAUAAAUAAUUGUCAUCAUAAGUAUUUUAUCACGAUUAAAAUCCUUGAUCUUUUAUCUCCACAUGCAGAUGCUGUAGUGCCUCUUUGAUUACUUGUGUUCCAACACAGUUUAAAGAAAUAAACAUACAAAUAAAGAGCAAGUUGUUGACAAAGCA